AAAGAGGCCCUUCCACCUUUCGUAUUAUAAUCAAUGGAAUCACCAUUUUUCACUAUAUAAAGAAUAAUCAAUUUUUUUCCUUGUCUCAGUGUCCAAUGGCAUAUAACAGAUCAGAGAGAUUAAUGAACUUAGGUGAAAGGCUUCGUCUUUAUAAUACCCAUUCUCAAAAUCAAAGUUCAAGAAUUCAAGAAUUGGGGGCAGACCCAAUAGCUAAUAAUUCAAUAAGAUCGAAAUCAAACAGGGCUGCAGUUUUGGUAUGUCUAUUUGAAGACCCACAAGGACAUCUUCGUGUAAUCCUCACCAAAAGAGCUUCUACACUCUCUUCACACUCUGGUGAAGUUGCUUUGCCUGGUGGGAAAGUAGAAGAAGGUGAUGCUGAUGACAUUGAGACAGCACUGAGAGAGGCUGAGGAGGAGAUUGGAUUAGACCGUUCACUUGUAGAUGUUGUCACUGUUCUUGAAUCCUUUACCGCCAAGAAGGGAAUUACAGUGAUUCCAGUUGUGGGCAUACUUUGGGACCGGAACGCAUUCAACCCGUUAAUAAAUACUGCAGAAGUGGCAGCAAUAUUUGAUGCACCUCUAGAGAUGUUUCUUAAGGAUGAGAAUCGACGAGAGCAAGAGUUUGAGUACAAGGGAGAUAAAUACGUAAUCCAUUUCUUUGAUCAUGAAACAGAGAAUGAGAAGUAUAUAAUAUGGGCUUUUACUGCUGCCAUUCUGAUUAAAGCUGCAUCGAUUGUGUACCAACGACACCCUGAUUUUCAAGAACAAAGGCCUGGAUUUUGGAAUAGAAGUCGUCAGUGAAAGAUGUUAUUGCCAAAUCUUUCGCAAGACUUUUGUCCUUUGAACUUUGAAAAGGGAUAGUUCCUUCAAAAUGAAGUAAAUCAAAUUACAAGUAUGUGCCUUCAUAUGUAUCAUAGUAUAGCCAUUCAGUGUAACAGAUCUUAGGUUAGUAGCAUGAUUGAUGAUGAAAGUAUAUUGGGUUAUUUACAUUGCUCGAACUCCAAAAAUGUUGAUGUACCCGUGUUGGACCCUCCAAAAAAUACAAUACUUUUGGAGGAUCCAACAUGCGCUCGUCAACAUUUUUGAAAAGUCCGAGCAACAUAGUGUUACUGGUUAACAUUUUUAUUGAAAUAAUGUUGUAUAAGUUGUUGCGUGUUGUGCAUCAAUAAAGUUGGCAAAGAACUAAGUAUAUGUUUGGGCUGAUUGCCCACACCUCAACUAUUGCACUUGAUA